AUGGAUGUCGGCUCAUUGGUGAUUGUGACCCAAGACUUCAUAUCUGAGUUGGAAGAGGAGCUGUCACUAUUCGCAGGCGAUAUAGUUCAGAUUACCGGGAUCGAAGGGAAGCUUUGGUUCCGUGGGGAGAGCAAUGGAUGCGAGGGAAAAUUCCCUCGGAGUUACGUUCGCGAGAAGCCGCUCCCAAAAGCGUGGAAUCCGAAGGACAGCAACUUGCGACUUUUCGCUGCUUUAGCUGAUUUCUCAACUGUACAGGAUGGAGAUUUGGCAUUCUGUCGAGGUGACUUGCUGGUUGGACUCGAAGGAGUAGAUGAGAAUUGGUGGAGCGCAGAAGAUGCUGAGGGCAAUCAGGGAACUAUCCCUGUUACGCACGUGUGGCGGAUCAAUUCAGACCGUCUGCCAAAAGAGGAGGAUUCUAAAAUCAAUCGUAGAGCUCGGGUGAUUCUGUCAAUGACUGCUCAGCUUGACGACGAGUUGAAUCUCGUGAAAGAUGAGAUAGUCACUGUCCGUAGAACACUCGACCGUGAUUGGUAUUGGGGCGAGAACGACAGCGGCAGUCAAGGUCGCUUUCCUAAGAGCUUUGUGACGCUCCUGGAAGAGUGUGUACCUGACAGCCCGCAUCAGAAUGAUCCUCCGUCCUUUGAGGAAUGCUUGAAGAAAGAAGUCGCACAGGCUGAAAAGGCUCCGGAUGAAGCUGACGUGCGUCCGGAAGAGACGACAAUGUAUACGACGUACCAGAAUAUGAGUGAAGUUUUCGCUUCAGAAGGGUACGGGGGCGUGGACGGUAUCCAGCCCUAUGCCAGAACGAAGUACAAGUUUAACUCGCAAUUCCCAAACGAACUCUCGUUCGAUAUGGGUCAGAUAGUUCACCUGCUGCGUCACAUCGACGAUGAGUGGAUGGAAGGAGAGCUCGAAGGAAGAAUCGGACUCUUCCCCACAGAGUAUGUCGACAUCAUCGUCGACGUCGCUCACGAUCCGCCGAAGAUAGAGGGGACCAUCGCUAGAGCGACAUAUGAUUUUGAGAGUGAUGUCCCGGGGGAUCUCCCCAUCAAGGAAGGAGAAAUCAUCAUACUCCUUGACAAAAUUGGCGAUGACUGGUACAGAGCAAGGGAUCCGCGAGGAAACGAAGGAAUUUGCCCCAUAAGUUAUGUUGAGGUGAGUGAAUCCAUGAAUAUUGUUCCAUCGAACAACGUCUUCCAGGAAGUCGAGGCUGAAUCUUCGGCGCGGUUUGCUUCGGGCGCAGAUGUCGCUGGUGGGGAGAAUGUGCUGCCUUUGAGUGCAUUGAGUCAACAACAGGUCAUUACCUGGCUAGCUACAUCUAGCUCUCCGGCAGCGCCGUCCGUGGUCAGCUCAGAUUCUGGUGGGGAUCCGAAGUCUGUGACAGUGGCUGCUCCAACGAAGGAGAGGAAAGACAAAAAGGAGAGAGACGUCAGAUCUCAAGCGUCGACUCCGGAUGAAGAAGAUUUCUCAUGGGAUUUUGGUUCACCAAAUCAUCACGGUAUUCCUCGAAUCUCAGAUUCGCGGUCCAGUCUCUUCGCCGCCGAGAAGUCCAAAUCUAAAAAGCAACACCAUACCUCGCACCACCAGCAGCAAUUACUACCAGUUCGUCCUCCUCCGCUCCCGCCUGCCAAGGUUGCGGAGCCUCAGAGGUCGGCACCCCCGGUGCCUUCGGUGGCAGGUCGUUACGAGAACUGCGUAAACCCGGCAGAUGCGGCCGACCAAGCAGCGGCAAGAGAACUGGAAGAGCAGCAUCGGAAAGAAGACAGUCGCUUACGGAAACAGAGAGAGCUCCGACAGUGCGUCAUAACAGAAAUGAUUCAGACAGAGAAAGACUACAACCACGACUUGAAGUUGUGCUUUGAUAUAUUCUUGAAGGACCCAACUCCCGCUCGUCGAUUGGGUAUCGACACGGUUACGCUCUUCGGAAAUCUGGAUGAAGUUAUCGAAGUGUCGACUCAGCUCCUCCAGAGAAUGGAGAACGAACAGAAUCGGCCUGAGAAGGAGCAGCGAAUCGGAAUGUGUUUCGGUGACUUGGUCGCCCGACUGCAGGACAUUUAUUCUCAUUACUGUCGCAACCACGAUGAUGUAUCGGGACUCCUGGCGAAAUACGAGCGCGAACCAGCCACUAAUCGCUUCUUUCAGAACGGAGUGAACAUGAUGCAGCGUAAUAGCAACUGUUUCGACUUGGCCUCGGUUCUGAUAAAACCAGUGCAAAGGAUCUUGAAAUAUCCGCUCCUGAUCAAUGAGCUCGAAAAAGCUACAGAAGAUUCCCACCUCGACAAACAACACCUUCUUCGAGCAAUGGAUGAGAUGGCGAAGGUGGCCACAGAUAUCAAUGAGGUUAAGCGUCGCAAAGAUCUGGUCUCGAAAUACCGCACAAAUCCUGAAGCAAGCUUCAGUCAGAAGCUGUCCAAACUCAAUCUACAUUCGGUGAGAAAGAAGUCCACGCGGCUGACGGUCAGAAUGUCCAGCUCUCUCGGUUUCACAACGGUCGUCCGAGACGAAGAUUUCGAGCGAGAAGAACAUCGAUUCGAUUUACUGGAGAAGAGCAUCAAAAACUUCUUGAAGAGCAUGAGAACCUUCUGCGACCAACUGCAAGAGUGUCUGAAGGUCGGACUACAGCUCUCAGAGGAUAUCUGUGAUUUCUAUGCGGAAAAAUGUAGUCUCAUCGAGGUGGAUCAGUUCCGGAUGGCGCAGCAUUCGCUCUACUCGGAACAUUGGAUGGAAUUCACGCGUACCACCGAGAAACAAGUUGUCGAUACACUCCAGUGUGUUCUUGAAAUGCUCGUCGCUCCACAAAAAAUUAUCGCGAAAAGAGAGCACAAACUUCUGGAUCUCGCUGCGUGCACUGCACGAAUGGAGAAGAACCGCGACGCGACCAGGCAGAAAUCCUUUGAGGAGGAAGAGCAAGCUGCGCGCAACAUGUAUAACGCUUUGAACAGUCAGCUGUUAGACGAGCUUCCCAAGUUGUGUUCUUUGAGCACGGACCUGCUGCGCAGCUGCGUCGAUACGUUCCUCCGAGCCAAGAAGCUUCUCGUGGCUCGCAUUACGAAACAACUUCUACAACUCUCGGAGCUACCGGCUCUUAAGGAUGCAUCGAUCAACGUGUUGGACGCUUUCGAACAGAAACAUAGAGCUGCCUUGCAGACUUUCGCGCAAUUCUCUAUGACGCAGGCUAAUAUAUCGGGGGGUCUCUUCAAAAUUGAAUCUUUGACGAAGGGCGGGAAUUUCUUGAGGAAGUCUUUCAACGACAAGCAUGGAACAGCGCUCGAUCUAGUCCCUCAAACCGAUGCCCAGAGACGCUGGCUGAAGCAAGAAUACGGCGAGAGUAAUUGCUUCGUCGUGGCGUUGACGAUCCAGAGCAGCGAUCCUAAUGAGAUCUCACUGACCAAGGGAGACGUGGUCGGUGUAGUGAGGCAAGCCGACCCGUCCGGGAACCCGAUGCGAUGGUAUGUAGACAACGGACGGUGCAAAGGCUUGCUGGCCAGUAAACAUCUACUCAGAGACAACAAGAACACGCAAAACUUCAUGGGGGAGCCAAGUGCGGGCUUCGCAAGAUCGACCAAAGGAUCCAUUCGUCCAACAUCGCUAUCAAAUGCACAAGUCGCAAACUCUCAACAAGCGCCCCUGAUUGGCACAGGCACUCAAAUGACAGCGGUGCCCACCGUUUCGCUUUACGGAAACGUGAAUGCGGAUCUUAUGGAUAACUCACCGCAGACGUCCGCGGACAAUAAUGGUCCGACAUGUCGAGUAGACAAAGCCCGGAACCUCUCGUCGAGUACCGAUGAGGGCCCGAAGUAUCAUUCUUCGCUCGCAUCGACGAGGGUAGUGAAUCCAGUGAUCAGCAAUUUGCCAAAUCGAAGCAACAGGAAACAGCCGAAGCUGACGACGGGUCCCGUCGCGAGCCUCCGCGACGAAGUUGAUCUGUCGGGUGGCUUCAAAAUACACCAUCAGACAGCUCAGAAACCCAUCAAUAAACCUCUCCCGGCUGCACCCGUAGAAGAAAACUCAUAUUCCAAUAUCGAUGCCCUGCAAGAACUCUGUGAUAUCGAGGGGCAACAGGAACACCAUCAGCACCAACAGCAGCAUCAACGACCGCCGGAGUCGAGAAACUCCAGCGAUAAGCGGCAGAAAAUCGAGGAGUACUACUACGCGCUGUACAAAUUGGACGGCGUCGGUCCAGGACAACUCCCUCUGACGCAGGGUCAAGUGGUGUUGGUGAUCUACACUUGCGAUUUAGAGAACAACAGCGAAUGGUGGUUCGUUGAGGAUCGCUACGGUCAACAAGGCUACGUACCCGCAUCUUACCUCCGCAAGUAUAAGUCCUCGUGAGCCAGCCUAUGGAGGGCAACAGCGAACGAGAUUUCAGCUCGCAUCUUGUACCGGAAAGUCCA